CUUACAUCAUUAUAUUAUACGAUAAUAUCAUUAUAUAUAUAUUAAAAUCAUGCUAUGCAGUGGUAACAUCUUUAUUUGAGGUGGAUAAUAAUUAUAUGCCGUUGUUAAUUCGUUAUAUGAAGUGUUCGUUUCUUUAUAUGCUAUAGUCGUUUCAUUUUAUGCAGUGGUAACUUCUUUAUCAUCAUCUAAACUGGUCCUCUUAAACAGUGAAAAACGCGCGGAGAUCCAGUUUAAAGCAGCAUGGCGUCGCCAAUAGUUGACGUGCUUGAAGAAAUCGGGCUGCACACUUUAACUCGCAGAUUUGAAGAAGAGAAAGUGGAACUUCAGGACAUACAAUCACUAUCUGAUGCAGACCUUAACAGAUUAGGGGUUACAACAAUUGGAGACCGAGUGAGAUUACGAUGUCGAUCUCGAGCGAUGGAGGAGCGCGAGCCAACGACAUCAGCACCGGCUCCUCCAGCUCCAUCACGCGGACCAUCGUUCCUAAGUGCUGAAAAUGUCAGAAAAGAGAGGGAUCUAUUGUUCAAUUCCCGAAAAAGAAAAAACAGAAACGAAUUAGGUAUUUGUACAGGAAGAAAGAAGGAAAAGGGCAGAAGCUGGACAGUUUCUGUUUUAUGCCUGUCGGACAAAAACUGCAGUUUUGUCCCAAAUUCAGAAGUUAAGGAGUACCUAUUAAAAGCAGGACUGGGAAUGAAGAAGAUAAGAUUUAAUGUGAAAGAUGGACAAACUGAAGUAUUGAAAAAAAUUUCAUCAGAUGAAAAAGAUGAAAAUGAUGAAUGCAUUGGAUUUCCUGCACUGAAGAAUUGUGGAGGCUUUGAACUUAUGAGAAGCCAAGCAAACAAUCGAAGUUUAAGUACAAUUGAAGUGGAGUGGUCUGUGAAAAACUUAAAAGCUUGUAUUGGCUCACAAGGGAAACUCUAUGUUAGACCUAUUCAAAGCAACUUGUCAACUUCAUCAGUACAACAAGAGAAAACCACCGAGGAGUCGAAUGUAAUGUUAAUUACUGAAAUUUGUAGAGAAUGUGGUCAGUCAAUUGCCAUAUCAGAAUUAAGAGCCCAUUGUGAGUCCUGCAUUGGUGAGCACCAAGCACCAUCAGAGAAAACAGAUGAGAAAAAUGAAGUAUCCUUUCUAGAGGAUUUACCCGACCCU